AUUUAAUUUUGAAUAGAAAUUUUUGGCUAAGUUUUUAAAGUGCUCUUCUAGGAGCGAUGAUGCGAUCUUACAUUGAUGGUUCUGCCAUCUACCGUACAGAAUUUGUAGCAGAGAAAAUCAGUGGUAACACCGAUCGUGAGUAGUAUUAAAAUAUCAAAGAGCUUAGUGCUCUUUGUAAAGUACCAACUGUGUUGAGUCAGGAAUUGUGAAUAUUCUUUGAAUCAGAGAGUUUUCACAGCGAGUUGUUGAUUUGGAGAAUUCUGCGGAAUUCUGAUUUCUUCAUGGCUUCUGGAGCAAUUGAAUCUAUUAUUGAAGAGAAACCUGAACCAGAGAAGCCAGUGGACAGAGAAAAGACUUGUCCUCUCCUUCUGCGUGUGUUCUGCAACAAUGGUCGUCACCACAAUGUGAUGGAUUACUGCAGAGGCAAUGUACCUGCAAAUGAGUUGCAAAUAUAUACAUGGAUGGAUGCCACUCUUAGAGAAAUAACAAGCCUUGUGAAAGAGGUUAAUCCUGAAGCCCGACGCAAAGGAACAUAUUUUGAUUUCUCACUUGUGUUUCCGGAGGCCCGCAGUCCUGGAUACAGAAUGCGAGAAAUAGGUACAACCUGCUCUGGUCAAAAGGGAGCUGAUGAUAGCAAGACACUUGCUCAGGCAAGAUUCUCCAUUGGAGACUACAUGGACAUUUCUAUCAUUCCUCCCAAUCGAAUGCUUCCAAUGAUGAGGCGAGGAGGAAGACCUUACUGACGUUCUUAAGAAAGUAGUGCCAAUAUAGAGUGUAAAUUCUUGAGGUGCCAAGUUGAACAAUGAGUCAUAAACAAUAACACAAGUGAGUUGUUUUGUGUACUCGGUUUAUUUGUCUCUCAGUGUAAAGGACAAGGAAGAGUACAGACAACCGUGGUUUUCUACAGUUUCACUCUUUGUUAUACUUUUGCAGUAAAGAUUUGCAUAUUAAAUACAUGAAUUUGAAAUUUUCUUUUAUCUUUACAUGCCUCUAAAUGGUAUGGCUAUACUAAUGAAAUAGUCAAUGAAAAUGUGUAACUGUAUUGUAAGAUGUCACUUAACAUUGAAUGCUGUGAAUGCUAAAAAUGCAUUGUAUUUGUAUUUUGUCAAUAAAUACAUUACUUUUUAUUUAGUUUUAUGUGUUUUAAUUGAACCCUG